AAUCAGAAUGAGCGCCGCGCGCUCACGGGCCAAUGAGAUCCGCGGGGAUGAGGAAAGGGGCGGGGUUUAGCGACCGGAAGUGUGGCGGAACCGGAAGCGGCGCUCGGCGGACGCGUGGGGGCGCGAUGGGGAUCGGAGGCAAAAUCAACCGGCCCCGAACGGAGCUGCGCAAGAAGCUCUUCAAGCGGCGGCGGGAGCUGGCGAGGGGGCGGCGGCAGAAGCGGCGGUCGGUGUCGGUGCCGGCGGUUCCGGCCCCGCUGUGGGGGAAGCGGCGGCGGAAGGAGCUGAAGCGGCUGCGGGGGGCGGCCAAGAAGGCGCUGGAGGCGGCGGUGACCGAGGCGAAGAGGCCGAAGGAGGAGAAAGCGACCGCGGAGAGCGGCGGGGACGUGGAGAUGGCGGAGGCGGCAGCGGAGUGACCCCGGUGCCCCGUGGCUGCUGCCGCGGUGACGUUCCGUUCGCGGUGUCGCCACUGUCGCGACAAUAAACUCGCUCUGCUCCGUC